CCAAAAUGAUUCAAGCCGCCAAGAUUUUGGAACAGCGAAGCCAUCUCGUCCCAGGCAAGCUCCGAAUAACAGAACACUUUUUCCAGGUGCCACGAGACUACAAAAAUCCCUCACUAGGCAACUUGACUCUCUUUGCGCGAUCCGCGCGUAAAGUGGAAAACCACCUUGAAAAGGCCCCUGAAAAACCACUUCCCUGGCUGGUCUACCUCCAAGGCGGACCAGGCUUCGAAUGUGCCAGCCCUGAGAAGCAACCAUGGAUCAACUUUGUCCUGAACAAAGGAUAUCAAGUUCUCACGCUCGACCAGCGAGGAACGGGCUUUUCGACUGCAAUUUCUCAAUCGAGUCUGCAGCUCCGAGGCGACGAAAAAGUGCAGACAGAAUACCUCAAAGCGUUCCGCGCGGACAACAUCGUCAGAGACUGUGAGGCUAUCCGCAAAGCUCUCAUCGCGGACGUAUCCCCAUCUUCCACUGACGCCGGAGACGACAGCGAAGAGAGCAAGAAAUGGUCCAUCAUGGGUCAGUCCUUUGGUGGAUUCUGCUGCACGACGUAUCUUUCGUUUUACCCCGAGGGUGUCAAAGAAGCUUUUAUCUUGGGUGGCUUGCCACCCGUAAGAGAUACCCCUGACGAUGUGUACGCGCGCACGUACGGACGCGUAAGGAGGCGCAACGAAGCUUAUUACGCAAAGUACCCCGAGGACGUGGACAGAGUAAGGCGCAUUGUGAAGUUUCUGACUAGGUUUGGAGAUACGACGGUCAGAGUGCAGGGUGGGGAAGGUUACUUGAGCGCGAGGCGCUUUCUUCUUCUAGGUCUCCAACUUUAUGGCCACGGUGGCAUGGACAUUCUGCACGACCUCGUCCUCCGCGCCGACACAGACCUCACGUCAUUCGGCCACCUAACCCGCCCAACCGUCCUCGCAAUCGAACACGCCCAAUCCUGGGACACAAACGUCCUCUACUUCCUCCUCCACGAACCUUGCUACUGCCAAAAUGCAGCCGCAAACUGGUCUGCCGACCGCCUCCUCGCCGCAAACCCAGACUUCAUUCCCUCAGACCAACACGCUUCUACCACCGCUACCGACGACGCGAAAACGGUCUUGUUCACCGGCGAAAUGAUCUACCCACACAUGUUCGAGUCGUUCCCUGAGCUCAAGAAGAUGCAGCUGGUGGGUGAAGCGUUGGCGAAAGUUGAUGAUUGGCCUCGGCUUUACGAUGAAGAGCAGUUGGCGAAGAAUGAGGUUCCGGUGUAUGCGGCUGUGUACAUGGAUGAUAUGUGCGUUGAUUAUGAUUUGAGUAUGGAGAGGGCGGCAGGGAUCAAGGGGAUCAAGACGUUCGUUACGAACACCAUGUAUCACAAUGCAUUGAGGGCAAAGACUGAGGAAGUGCUGGGGCAGCUCUGGAGGCUGAAGGAGGAUGUUAUUGAUUAG